CUAUUUUAAAUCUCCCGGACUUGGGGAGAUCCCUUUUUUUCCUUUGCCAUUAUGAUCAUUUGCAACAUCAGUGCGAUCAAAGAUUGGAGCACGUUCCUCUCCCAGAUCCUCCCCAGCGUCAACAAGACCCUCAACUUGGUGCAGCAAGUGGAAGCCACCACCAGCUCUGUGGUGAGCGUUUUGCAGGAUCCUGAGCAAGACGGCUACGUGUCAGACAGCCAGUCCAUGAAUUCCAGUAACUUCACCACUGGCCUGGACCACCUGUUUCAGUAUUCAUAUUCAGACAAUGACCAACUUUACAAGGAGUACAAACCCCCUCCUCGGGACGCCAUCCCUUUGCCCAAGGCGGUGCUCUACCUCCUCAUGGCUGCGCUUGUGGUGGUGGCAGUGGCUUAUGCCAUUGUUGGGCAUCUCAUCAAGGAUCUUGUUCAUGAUUUGAUAGACUGGAUGUUUGGCCCCAACCCUGACAAUGACAGUAACAAGACUGACGUGAACUGCAUUAGCAAUAACAUCAAUGAGAUGGGUGAGAUUCAUGAGAUGCGACACCACCAGGAGCACCACCAUCAAGAUGUAGUUAUUUCCAUCCAGGAAACUUCUUGCCAUCUACCCCAGCAGACAUGCCCAAGCUGAUCCUUGGCUAUAGAGAAAGUACUCUGGGAGGGCGGAGGGCAAAGAGACGAUGGGGUCUCUUUUUUAGAAGACUUUUUUUCCUCUCAAGUGACUUUGCAAUUAUUGAUGAGGGCUACUUUCUAGAUGGUUGGGAACCUUGAAUUAAUACUAGCAUACAAAAUCACCUU